AUGGUCACUGUUCUUCUAUUAUUCUGUGUGUUGGACUUUCAUAUUCAGAUAAUCAACGCUGCCUGUAGUGUUCCACUUGGUUUAAGUACAGGUGAAAUAAAAGAUUGGCAAAUAACAGCAAGUAGUAUCGAUGAACAACGUAAAGAACAAUGUCAACCAAAUUAUAUUCGUCUUUAUUCCAAUAGUAAUAAUCGUGCAUGGUGUCCAAGAAUAGAUCAACCACAUCAAUGGAUUCAAAUAGAUCUUGGUACACCAACAAAAUUACAUGGCUUCAUGACACAAGGUCGACCAGGUACAAGAGAAUGGAUUACAUCUUUACUUAUAUCACAUAGUCUUGAUUAUUAUCAAUGGAAUUAUAUAACUGAUAGUGAUGGUGAUCAAAAUAUUUUUACAGCAAAUCAUGAUGCUGUAUCAAUUCGUUAUCAAUAUUUUCGGAUACCAUUUAAUGCAAGAUUUAUUCGUUUUCAUAUUGUUUCAUGGCAUUUAUAUCCAAGUCUUCGUUUAGAAAUUGUUGGAUGUCAAGAAUGUAAUAAACCAUUAGUUUUCGCUCCAUAUACACGUUUUUCAGCAUCAUCAUCUGUUCCAACUCGUCAUCGUGCGUCAUGUCAACCACGUGAUGCUUUUUUAUUAAGUAAUAAAGGAUGGUGUGCACGAUAUAAACAAAUCAAAGAUAAUUGGUUACAAAUUGAUAUUGGUCAUCCAACACGUGUUACAGCAUUAAUAACAAAAGGUCGUGGUGAUCGAGGUGAACAAUGGGUAACUAAGUAUGUAUUAGCCUUUUCUAAUGAUUCACGUUUAUGGGUUUAUUAUAAUGAUGCUCGACGAACAGUACCCAAGAUAUUUCAUGGCAAUUAUGAUAAAUCACUUGAACGUAUUCAUUAUUUAAAUCAACCAUUUACUGCACGAUUUGUUCGAUUUUUUCCGAAAGAAUGGAAUAAUAGAUUGUCUAUGCGUGCUGGUCUACUUGGAUGUCUACAUAUAGGUUCUUGUUGUCUUGGAUAUUUUCGUGUACAACCUGAAACACCAUGUGUGGAAAAUCUUGUUCAUCGAAAAAGUAUAUCCCUAAAUGAUCUUACACAAUCAUUAGUUUAUUCUCCUCAACAAACAAUUUUAUCUUAUUUAAUUGAUGGUUAUGAUUCUCCAUCACGUUGUACAACAAUUGAUUCAACACGUUGUAGAAAUGGAGAACCACAUAUUACAAUUGAUCUCAAUCGAAAUUAUCAUGUUCAUGGUGUUAUUAUUCAACAACUUGAUACAUUUUCUCAUUUAUCACAAGAUGAUUAUUUAUCUCGACUUCAACUUGAUCGUAUUAUUGUGUAUAUAACACGAGAUAUGUAUCUUGAUUCAAUUCAAUAUAAUACAGCGCAAUGUUCAUUAGUUACACGUAAGAAUUAUGGUAUUCUAUCUCAACGUAUACAUCUUCAAUGUCAAACACCAAUUAUGGGUCGUUUUAUUCAUAUAAAACUUCUUGGUAUAAGAACAAUAACUAAUCGAACACAAACACGAGUCUCAUUACCAUUUAAAGCUCAUUUUUGUGAAAUAUAUGCUUACAAUUAA